UUGUUGUUCUGCGUGCGCCGCGCGGAUCGCUCUGACCAAAAUAAAAUACCCAAACCAGCUUAUUAGCCACUGUCGCGAUUCCCGAACGAGUUCUCCAUCAAAAUAUCGCGCAUAUAGUAUCUUAUAAAUGUCCCUCGGAGGAAGUGCGUUGCGUGUGAUUCUGUUGAUGUGUUUGAUUGAGCGAUGAUUUUGAUAAAAAUCCAUUGAGCCUUUUUUAUUUUCCCCUACUCCAAUUGGAAGUUUAUAAUUUAUAAACCCAUUAUUUGUCAAUUGCGGUAUCUGUGCGUUAGUGUGUGUGUGUGUGUUAAGCAAAAAAAAUUCAGUUUCGACAAAUUCAGCAAAACAGCCAUAAGCCAACAUUGAUAUGCAUACAUACAUAUAUAAUUAUACACACAUUUAUGUAUAAUAUUAAAAUUCGAAACGCCGAGAGACAGAGACAGAGACGCGAAGAAGAACAAACAAAACAAAAGCGACGUCUAGAUUCCCUCCACUUCUCCGUUGCUCGCUCCAUAUUCGGAAUUUGCGGCUAUUUCGGCAUUUUCCUCACCUUCGCAUCAACUCUGUUACCUGAGUUGUUGGUGUUGUUUUUAUUACGAUUGUGGUUGUUGUUGUUGUUGCCGCCGAUUGCCGAUUGCCAUUGCAGCCGGCAAUUUGUUUGAACUGUUUGCGACGCUUCUGAGCAAAACAAAAAGGCACAACUAUGGCGAUGCAGCGCGAGGUUGGAGUGCAGGAUUUCGUCCUUCUCGACCAAGUCUCGUUGGAAAAGUUUAUGGACAACUUGCGUAAGCGCUUCCAAGUGGGUUCCAUUUACACAUACAUCGGCGAGGUGUGCGUCUCGAUGAAUCCGUACAGACAGAUGAACAUCUACGGGCCGGAGACCAUACGCAAGUACAAGGGCCGGGAGCUGUUUGAGAACCCGCCGCACAUCUUUGCCGUCGCCGAUUCCGCGUACAGGGUCCUCAAGCAGCAGCAUCAGGACACCUGCAUACUGAUCUCCGGAGAAUCGGGAGCCGGCAAAACAGAGGCCUCGAAAAUCAUUAUGAAAUACAUUGCGGCCGUCACAAAUGUUCAGGGACAGAACGAAAUUGAGCGCGUCAAAAAUGUGCUCAUCCAGAGCAAUGCGAUAUUGGAGACGUUCGGCAAUGCGAAAACGAAUCGCAACGAUAACUCAAGUCGCUUCGGCAAAUACAUGGACAUCGAGUUCGAUUACAAGGCGGAUCCUGUUGGUGGCAUUAUCACAAACUAUUUGCUGGAGAAGUCGCGUGUAGUGCAGCAGCAGCCGGGAGAGAGGAACUUCCACAGUUUCUAUCAGCUGCUACGCGGUGCCACUGACAACGAGCUGCGACAAUAUGAUCUGCAGAAGGAGACCGGCAAAUACCAUUACUUGAAUCAGGGCAGCAUGGACAUAUUGAAUGAGAAGUCCGACUACAAGGGCACCUGCAAUGCCUUCAAAACUCUCGGCUUCUCCACCGACGAAGUGCAAACCAUUUGGCGCACUGUGGGCGCCAUUCUGCAUUUGGGAAACGUGGAGUUCCAAACAAUCGAGGACGAGCUGGUCAUCAGCAACAAGAAGCAUUUACAGUCGACGGCCAAGCUAUUGCAAGUGACCGAAUCGGAAUUAUCGACAGCGCUGACGCAGCGCGUCAUUGCUGCGGGCGGCACUGUGAUGCAGAAGGAUCACAAUGCCACACAGGCGGAAUAUGGCAAGGAUGCGCUGGCCAAGGCCAUCUACGACAGGCUCUUCACCUGGAUCAUAUCGCGCAUCAAUCGCGCCAUUCUCUUCCGAGGCAGCAAAACGCAGGCCCGCUUCAACACCGUCAUCGGCGUGCUCGACAUUUAUGGCUUCGAGAUCUUCGACUCCAACAGCUUCGAGCAGUUCUGCAUCAACUACUGCAAUGAGAAGCUGCAGCAACUCUUCAUUGAGCUGGUGCUUAAGCAGGAGCAGGAGGAGUAUCAGCGCGAGGGCAUUGAAUGGACCAACAUUGAAUACUUCAACAAUAAGAUUAUUUGCGACCUGGUGGAGCAACCGCACAAAGGCAUUAUCGCCAUCAUGGACGAGGCUUGCCUCAGCGUUGGCAAAGUCACGGAUGACACGCUGCUGGGCGCCAUGGACAAGAACCUGAACAAGCAUCCGCACUACACCAGUCGUCAGCUGAAGCCGACAGACAAGGAGCUGAAGCAUCGCGAGGACUUCCGCAUCACACACUAUGCCGGCGAUGUCAUCUACAAUAUCAAUGGUUUCAUUGAGAAGAACAAGGAUACGCUGUAUCAGGACUUUAAGCGCCUGCUGCACAACUCCAAGGAUGCCAAUUUGAGCGAAAUGUGGCCUGAGGGCGCCCAGGACAUUAAGAAGACUACCAAGCGACCCCUGACCGCCGGCACGCUCUUCCAACGUUCGAUGGCCGAUCUGGUGGCCACACUUCUAAAGAAGGAGCCCUUCUAUGUGCGCUGCAUCAAGCCGAACGACAUCAAGAGCUCCUCGGUGUUCGACGAGGAGCGCGUGCAACAUCAGGUCCGCUAUUUGGGACUGCUCGAGAAUGUGCGCGUCCGUCGUGCCGGCUUUGUCAAUCGGCAGCGCUACGACAAAUUCCUGCUGCGCUACAAGAUGAUUUCACAGUACACGUGGCCUAAUUUCCGUGCCGGCAGCGAUCGCGACGGCGUGCGUGUCCUCAUCGAGGAGAAGGGCUUUGCUCAGGACGUGAAGUACGGUCACACGAAGAUCUUCAUAAGAUCGCCGCGCACCCUCUUCGCACUGGAGCAGCAGCGCAACGAGAUGAUUCCCCACAUUGUGACCUUGUUGCAGAAACAGGUGCGGGGCUGGAUUGCUCGUCAGAACUACAAGAAGAUGAAGGCAGCGCUAUCCAUCAUGCGUGCCUACAAGACCUACAAGUUGAGGUCCUACGUCCAGGAGUUGGCGCAGCGCUUCCGCAGUGCCAAGCAGCUGCGCGAUUAUGGACGCAGCAUUCAAUGGCCACAGCCCCCACUCGCUGGCCGCCAGGCCGAGGGCAAGCUGAGACGCAUGUUUAACUUCUGGCGUGCCUACAUGAUUCUGCGCAAAUAUCCACGCUCCGAGUGGCCGCAAUUGCGUCUGCAGAUCAUCGCCGCCACAGCCCUGAAGGGACGUCGUCCCCACUGGGGUCAGGCGCGUCGCUGGCUGGGCGACUAUCUGGCCAACUCGCAGGACAAUAGCGGCUACGAGGCCUACAGUGCUAAUGUGCGCAAUCUGAAGAACAGCGGAGAUUUCCGGGCCGUGCUUUUCUCCGCCUUCGCCAAGAAAUUCAACAAACACAACAAGCAGGCGGAUCGCGCCUUCAUUGUCACAGACACAGCCAUUUACAAGCUGGAGGGCAUCAAGAAGAAAUUCAAAGAUAUGCAGCGCUCCAUCACAAUCAAAGAACUUACCCACAUUAGCAUCACACCUGGCCGCGACCAGCUGAUUGUCUUCCAUUCCCCUGCGAACAAUGAUUUGGUUUUUGCAUUGCAGGGCGAGUUCACGCCCCUGAAAGAGGAUCGCAUUGGCGAGCUUGUUGGUGUUGUGUGUAAAAAGUACUUUGAUGUGGUCGGUCAGGAAUUACGCGUCGAUGUCGGCAACAGUAUUCCCUGUCGGUUGGGCGGUAAGCCACGCACCAUUCUUGUUGAGGCGGUGGCCAAUGUGGAGAAUCCCAAUUUCCGUCAUUCCGCUGGCAACAUUAUCUUCGAGGUGCCCGCCGCGUAUUGCGUUUGAGCAGCAGUCCAGAUAUCCUUAUUCUGAAAUCGCACAGACAAACCACUUCUCUGUCUGAUUUCGGCUGUAUUGUAAAUUACACAAAUCUAUGCUUAAGUUUCCUCUAAAUUUGUCUUGCAUGUGGUCUGUGUAGUAAGUAGAUUUUAGGUUUAUAAGUCGAUUGCUGUUAUUGUUCUCUUUGUAGCAACAUUCUCGCCUAGCUUGGCAACAUGUUGCCCGAACGUUUUGUGCCUUGUCGAGCAACUCUUUCAACAAUGUUGCUGCCCAAUGGAUGUUGUAUUUUCUAAGUCUGUUCUGUGUUUGAUUUUAAAGUUUAGCAAGCAAUGAAAUCAAAAGUAAAUGUUCUAUUUGUAGUCAUAACUUGAUUUGUACAUUUUCUCUAAUUAUACAUACUUAAAUGUUUAAAUGUUCUCGUGUAAGGCAAUAUUUAUGUACUAUAUAUAUUUAAACGAUUGAAGUGCCCUUUUCAAAAAUUGUUUAAGAGUGCUGGCGCUGGUAGAGCCGGCUCGAAAUUGAGUAUUAAAUGCAUGACACGCACUUUUUGCAUUUGUUUAUAAACAACAAAUUCUUAAACAACUUAUUUAUAAUAUACAUAUAUGUAUAUUUACAUGUACCUACAUUUUAAAUGAUGUUUAAUUAAAAGCACACACAAAACGAAAACUAAAUAAUGGAAAUGAAUUUUUGUACUUAUGCAAUAUUAUUAAAAUGUGUGCCAUUUGCAAGUAUGAAUGCAUAUUUAUGUAUAUUUUUACGAACAUAAAUAAAACAAUGAUUAUCAAUGAA